CUUGUCCCGUUUAGCAUCCGGGUUUCCUAUCCGGAGAGAUAGUUCGUUGAAGCGCCGUUUUUAAGCGUAGAAACUCCUAAUUUCAUACUCUAUGUGGUAAAAAUAGUAUAUUUGGAUUAAAUGAUGAAACCAGAGGGAAAAGGCCGUAAAAAGUCGUUCGUUUGGGACCAUUUUCGAGUCUCCGAAAUCGACCCCCGGAAGGCGAUUUGCAACAGCUGCGGUGCUGAGAUGGUUCGAGGUCGUGAUGCGAGAUCCUUCGGGACAUCAUCUCUUGCCAAUCACAUAAAAUAUUGCAAAAAAAUACCACAUACAGAAAUCACGGCACCACAGAAACGAAAAUCUGGUCCGAAUAUUUGUGUGUUGCUCGACAAUUCAACCGGAAGUCAGGAUGAUGAAAGAUCUUUGGUUAAAAUUAGAAGGACGAUGUCAAAAUAUGAAGAGCCUCAGCCGUCACAAGAUCUGAGCGACAUAAUUACUCUUCCCAAAAUAUCUGAGAUCUAUAUUUCUCCUGAUGCCAAUGAUGAGAGAUACCAGGUUGCCACUGACAGUGUGUGCUCAAAACGGAUGGAUUUGGUUCACUCAGGAAUGUUGAUGCAUGUACUGUAUCAACAACAUAGAUCCGGAAAACUAUGCGACCUUACUCUGAUAUCUUCAUCUCAAGUAACCGCAACGUCUGAUUCAACAAAGAAAAGGCGACAAAAAACAUUCAAGGCACACUCCUUUGUUCUUGCUGGUUUAUCUGAAAAAAUCAAAGAUUUAGUCGAGAUGGGAUCAAGAACUAUAGAACUGAAGGAUGUGACGGCGUUUGGUUUGGAAACUUUACUACAGAUUGUUUAUACCGGGAAACUGAGGAAAUCUACACCAUUAACUUUCUACGAAGCUCACCAAAUCUGGAAAUCUGCUUCUGAUCUCGGGAUCAAAUAUGUUCACGAAUACUUGGCCACUGAACAUCCACAGGUAACAAAAUGGAUAAUUGAGGACUCGAUGGUACCUGAACCAAUGAAAGCUUUCACUAUGCAGGACUUAACAGAGACCCAUGAGACGGAAGAUCUGGUUGACUUGCAUGCUGGACAUCAAGAACACGAGUACAUUGAAAUGGUGGAAGGAGAAGCGCCAGUUAAAACAUUUGAAGAUUUUAUCGAAGAGCACAAUCAACAACAACAACAAUUUGAGACAGAACAAAUCAAACAGCAACAACAAGAAAUUGAGGUGCAAGAACAACAUCAAGAAGAGGAGCUCCAGAUCAGUGAACCUAUCGAAGAAACCAAAACAGAGGAUCCGCUUGUGGAAAUCACUUUCGAAAAAUCAUAACUAAUGGUGUUUGGGCGUGAGGAGAGACUAAUGAUAGAGGAGGGGAAACUCCCUAAUCCUGAAGGCAAAAUUUCCGUAACUUUAAAGCCAGGAGUACUUUUGAAAAGAAUCUGAGCUUCGAGUUUAGCCUUACGGUGGGGGAGAGAUACCUAAAGAGACAUACCCUAAUCAGGACCUAAUAAAAAUCUUAUGUUUCCCUGUGGACUCUGAAUUAUGGGGUAGUGUGAUGUUUUUUCCCACAAAGAACUUUGAAAUGAUGGUUGCUGUACAAUUCAGUUAGGGGGGGAUUUUCUCAUUUCUAUAGGGGAGCAAUACCCAUUUACCCCAACCAGUACCAGAAAAAAUCUUAUGUUACCCACGGGGACUCAGAAUUAUGGGGCAGUUUGAUGUUCCUCUAAAAUACUUAAAAGACAAUUGCUGAACUGUACAAUUCAGUAGGAGAGGACUCCUUAUUUAUAUAAGAAAUCUUUUAUCCUUCCCCAGUACCAGUAGAUAUCUGUACUUUUUAUCACUUAUUGAGUAUUUUUCUUAGCGACAGCUGUUCCAUAUUUCCCAUACAGCAAGCUAGAGAUAGAUCAGGGGAUCUCAAGCCUUUGGUGUUAAGUUGACUAUUAUUGACGGAUCCCUGCUAUAAAUUUAUAAAAAUAAAAACGAAAUGUACAUUGUUA